GGGGGCGGUGAGGCGCAUGUAAGCCGGCCGCGCAGCACCGCUGAGCCCAGCGGAAGGAGGAGAGGAACAGAUGUUGCUGUCGUAGCCAGACAGCAGCUCGGAGACGCGGCCAGCCCUGGGAUGGACGAUGAGAGGGACGUGUCCAAUGCUGCAGUAGAGGAGCAGUGACAUGCUGGCUUGUUUGCCAGCAUCAGGUGACCCCGCCAUCCGACUUCUUCCCCGCACUCAGAUGAACACUGGACUUCAGAAAUGGGAAACCACACAGAAGAUGAGAUCUGCGUCCCGUCCGACGCCCGCAGAGCUGGACGCCUAUGCUAAGAAAGUUGCCCACAAGCCUCUGAGCAUCCAGAUCUUCCCCAACAGCAUCAAGGUUCCUCAGAAGAAACACGUGCGCCGCACGGUCAACGGGCUCGACACGUCCUCGUCCGGCCAGCGCCACAGCCCCUACCCUCCUCAGGUCACCUGCGGCGGGGGCCUCCUGGCCGUCCUCCGCGCGCCCCUCAAAGGCCUCGUCAAGCACCCGGACGGCUGCCGCACCCGGCAGCAGCUCAGAGCCGCCAUGAACCCUCAGGCCGGGCCGUACGCCGCUCACAGCACUUUAAAUCUUCCUCACGCCGCCCCCCACCUGGCGGGCCUCUCCCAGCCGGCGGCCCAGAAGCAGGGCGGGGUCCACCCGCAGGCGCUGCAGCAGCAGAGCGUGACGCACGCCAUGGCUCUACAGCAGCAGCACCACCCGCAGGCUCUGCAGCAGAGGAGCGUGGCUCACACCCAGGCGCUGCAGCAGCAGCAGCAAAGGUUGGCUCACGCACCGGGCCUGCAGCGCCAGCCGCACCCCCAGGCCCCGCAGCAGCAGGAGGGCCCGCCCUGCGCCUCGCUCAGGCCCCCGCAGCACCACGUGCAGACUCUAAAACACCAGGCCGCUCCCCCGCAAGCUUUACUCGCACAGCAGGGAGCCACUCAGGAUCUGCGGCACGCUGCGGACGGAGCGCAGCUUCAGGGGCUCGCCGGCCCCCCGGCGCUGCCCCCGGGUGCCGCCGCCCCGCCCAACAGCCUCCAGCAGGCGCCGCCGCCGCCGGGACAGUACGGCCCGCGGAAGCUCCCGGAUGCGGACGCCCCACCAAACGUAACCGUAUCUACCUCCACCAUCCCGCUGUCCAUGGCGGCCAGCCUGCAGCAGAACCGGCCCGGGGACCUGAGCAGCAUCGUGCACCACAUCAACCAGCUGUGUCAGGCUCGCGCCGGCAUGGGCGCCACGUCCGUCUGCGAGGGCCAGAUAGCCAACCCCAGCCCCAUCAGCCGCAACCAGCUGAUCAGCGCCAGCUCCAGGGUGUCCCAGCAUGCAGCGGGGGGCGGCGUCUCCAGCUGCUUCAUGAUGGGUCACCCGGACAAAGCGGCGGGUCAGACGCCGGCUGCCGCGCUCCACCCGCAGCCCGCUGCUGCUGCUAAUAAUAACAACAUGGCGUCUUUUCACCCAGACAGCGAGAAGGUACAGCAGCAGCAGCUCCAGAUGCUGCAGCAGAAACAGCAGCAGCAACAUCUGCAGCAGCUGCAGCAGCAGCAGCGCUCCUGGGCGCAGCACCAGCUGGCCCACAUGCAGCAGCCUCCUGAGGGCGCGCACCCCUGCAAGAACCCGCGCAUGGAGCCCCCCGCCGACUGCGCGUUCCCCUCUCAGAGUAUGACCUACACCCUCACCCACAAGGGCUUCCCCCUCAAGCACCCGGCCGACAAAGGCCUCCCCCCCUCCCCCGCCAGCUGCUCCGUGGGCCCCCCCUCCUACGUGAACGGCCACUACAUGCAGCCCUCGUGGAGCGCCGUCCCCCCCGCGGCGGCGGGCGGCAACGGGAACAUUCCUCAGGACCUGCCGGCGGGCUUCCAGGGGGGCCACGCCUCCGCCGACCGCGUCCCGGGGGCCAAGUACCGGCCGGGGAAGGACGGCGCCGGGGGCCCGGCCAAGCUGAUGGCGCAGAGCCUGGAUUUCCUGGGCCAGGACUUCCAGGUGCCGGGCCUGCAGGAGCAGAGCGUGGACUUGAUGCGUAAGAUGCACAGGUCGGCCCUGGGCCACGUGAAGGAGCCCGGCGGCGGCGGCGGCGUCCACAGCCACCACCCCGGCUACCAUUAGCCUCCGUCAGGUUCCUCAACAGCACUUUGACGUCCUGUAGAGCGUGACUGGACCCUGUGACGGAGCGCCCCCCCGUGGCGUGGAGUCGUGGUGUUCCCUCGUUUUCCUCAGGUCUUACGCCGACUCGUACCUUUUUGUUCUGGGACUGCGGGUCGCCGCUCUGCGUUCGGGUCCACAUGGGCUUUCUCCUGGUGGCCGUCGCUUCUAAUCAGCAUGCGUGGCCUUACGGCCCCCGGUGGGGGUGGGGGGGGGGAUGGGGUGGCCUCAGGGCGACCCGCAGUCCUACGGGCUCCGUGACUCUUCUCAGACGUUGUUGUGGUUGUAAAUCUGUAGCUCGCCCUACUUGAACUGUAGAAAACUUUUAGCAUUUGGCACAAGGAGCGGAGGCUCCGUCGGCCCGUAUUUAUCUAAUGUGAACCAGAAGGCUUCCUGUUGUUGGAACGGUGUGUGUCUGUGUGUGAACCCCCCCCCCCCAAUCCUCUCUCCUGCUGUGAUCUAACCGACCCUGAGUCACCGGCAUCAAUGUCUCACGUCUGGUACCGACAAACAUCCAGCGCCGCCUGGAUCUGUUCGUCUGUCGCGGCGCUGCUAACCCGUUUCCUGCUCCUCAUGGCCGCCCGGCGUCCUCGGUGUCGUCUGUGUCGUCACGUUGGGUCCAGAUCCCAUGACGGCGCGAUCCGAUAGUUUUUAUUUAGAACGGACCAGAGGUUUCUGGCCUAGAUGAUGCUCCAGCUUUCCUCUGUCAGCUUUAACCGUCUGUGACCAGAGGAGACGUCACACUGUGUGCAGCAGCAGGUGGAACGUAAAACGGUCUGAUGAAUAUUUUAAAAUAGUGUUGUUGUUUUUUUUUAUUUUAGACAGUCUUCAGCGUCGUGUAUUGACCGUUAACACGGUUUUUAACUACGGCUGUACCGUUUUGGCCAAAAAUCUAAAUUGCGAUAUAUUUCAGCCAUAAUUGUGAUUUUAAUUUGGACUUUCCUCUGCAUUUAAAACAAGACAUUUAGCUGUUUGAUCAAUCAGAAUGUUAUUAUUCAAGAAACCAGCUUUUAAUUGAGUUGGACAUCAAUCCUUGUUGAACCAACUAAAAAGUCUAAUUAUUAAACAGUCUGUUACUUAAAGCUGUGGUGAGAUCCUGAAAGUUUGUGGUAGAAAGUAAGAUUAUAUAAACUCUAAAACACGUAAUAAAUUAGAUUAUCUCUCUGCUGCAGCUCUCUUUCCUUCCAUAGGGAGGAAAACCCGCUUUAAACCGACACCUAAAGUCUGAUCCAUUAAUUGUUAUAUAGGCAGAAAAUGUGAUUAAUUGUAAAUGACGCCUAUUUUAAACCGGAGGAAGUCAAACCAAAGGUAUUUAAAAGCUCGGUACCGACCCACGCCUGUGCAGGAGCGGUUCUGUAAACUAAAGCCUUAAAUGCAACAGUUUAAUUUCACUCAGGCAGUAAGCGGGCUCCUCCGUCAGGGUCGGAGCUCCGCCUUCAUAUCCAGGGACUGCUGGUUAAAACGGGCUCUGGGUUCUGGUGGGACGAUGGUGCCGCUGUAGGUACCAGAUCGACUCGGGUCCUGCGCCUUCUGAUGACAUCACUAUACAUGAUUGGUUUAACGUUUGCUCAAUUACGCAAAAUAUUGU